GUAAACAUCAACACAUCGGAUUUAGCAGGAAACUUGUUGGGAAUCUUUGAAAUCGACCCCUCUCUAUUGGUAGGACUCAUCAAAGGUGUGGAUUUGUUUCCCUGCUUAUAUAAUUCAAAUUUUGCACCAUGGCUCUAGCUAAAAUUUGGGAUGCGCCGACAGUUUGGAACUAUUUGAAUGGGAUUGUCAACGUUUAUAAACCAGCUGGUCUGACCGUGCAGCAAGUACGUCGAACUUUAAUUGGAAACCUAUGCAGAGAUCUCAACCAGCUCAAAGUAAGACCUCCAUUGGAAAGGAUAGCAAUCGAAUGCGGGAAUGAUUCGAAUUAUAUCGUUCGGAAGAUGGAAGACGUAUCGGACAACGUUUUGGUUGUGGGUCCCCGUUAUCAAAACGAUGACAUCAACAUUAGGAUGAGCGCCAAUCAUGGUCGACUGACAAGUGGUGUGCUAGUGGUUGGAAUCAACAAGGGACUCGGUACUGCGUACCAAAUCCAGAGAAAUCGUCCUUUGCGUGUUUACCACAUCACUGGUUUUCUCGGAAAAGCCACAGACAAUCACUUUGGCGAUUCACGCGUUAUAGCCAAAGCCACAGUGGCGCACAUCGGCACCGAGAAGAUCAAUCGACUGUUAUCGUCAAUGCAGGCCUCUCACCAAAAGAAGAUGUUCGAGCUGUGCGGAGUGGAUAUGCAAUCACAAGCGGCAUACGAUUUGGCGAUUAAAGGGACGAUACGUCCGAUGGACAACAGUCAGCCUAUGAUCUACGGUAUACGAUUGACGGAUUUUAGAAAACCAUUUUUUACCAUUGAAAUGCAUGCUAUAAAUGAAACGGAAGCAUAUAUGGGACAGCUUAUCCACGAAAUAGGGUUGAAUUUGAAGACAGUCGCCCACUGCGUCGGCAUCCGGUGUAUUCGACACGGACAUUUUCAACUGGAGCACUCACUGCUGCGGAAAGACUGGAAUCUACAGUGUAUUCUCGACAGCAUGGCUCACUCGAAUAAUCUGCUGAAACAAUAUCCGGAAAUGAUACGACAAAGUAGUUCUGAGCUAAUCGUCCUUGAAAACCAUCAAUGAGUAUAUAAGCAAUAAAGUAGAAACGAGACGACAAUGAAGACGAUAAUCUUCCCUUUUUUGGUUCUCAGCGCUGUGUGAUCACAUCUCAAUUCCUUUUCAAGCAUGUCGGUAAAUUCCGGAAUCGCAUUGCUUCGUUCGCUUCUAAAUUUAAUUAUCAGUUUUAUGAACGAUUGGGCAAAAUGCGUUCAUGAUGGCCAUAUAUGUGAACGAAGGAUGUCUAAGAUAAAUGAACGUUAUUAUCGGCCACUGCACAACAUUGGGCCCUAUUCCAUAUGACGAGCGCUCGUU